UGUCUAAUACCUUCUUUAUCCGAAUAAAUUACAAGAAGUGAUUCAAACAAUACGUCGUUGAAAACAUUCGGCAACGAAAAUAACUUCUUCGACAGAUAAGUUACUCAUCUGUCGAUAAGGCAGUCAAAAUCAAAAUUGACUUCGUGGGUGCACAAUGACUGGCCAUCCACCAAAACGUAACAGUAUCAAUCCAGCGCUGAAGCAAGUGCGACAUGUUCAAAUCCUACCGAGACCGAUUACGACUUAAGGCCGAUCGAGCGGCAGAACUUGACGGCAGCUAUGGCCAGACCAUCUCCGUGAUGUGGUCCUUCGCCAUCACGGCCGGUGUCAUUGGACUGUACUUUUUGGUUUAUCUAAACUGGAGUUCGCUUCCAACCGCGUUGACAACAUCGGACCAGGCAGGCAAUCCGGGUCGGUUUAUCGCCCAGGUAGCUAAGGAGAACCUGGUGACGCUCACCAGCAAUGGACCACGAGUUGCGGGAGGAGAUGUUAACGAGGUGUUCACGGUGAACUUUCUUCGAUCGACGAUCGAGAAAAUCAUUGCUGGAGCGAAUCCGGCGCACAAAUUUGAGCUUGAGGUUCAGCAACAAGACGGGAAUAUGUUCUUUGGCUACGAGCUAUACCCGAUGACCAGCGUCUACCAGGGUGUGCAGAAUGUAGUGGUGAAGCUGACGCCGGCAGCUGGUCCAGAGCCGGAGAAUUACUUGAUGAUCGGUACGCACUUUGACAGUGUCGCGCAGAGCCCUGGAGCCGGGGACGCUGGCACGAUGGUCGUCGUAAUGCUGGAGAUUUUGAGACAGCUCUCGCUGGACAGUACCGCGUAUCAGCACGGAGUGGUGUUUGUGUUCAACGGGUUUGAAGAGAAUGCUUUGCAAGGGGCUCACGCAUUUACGCAGCAUCGCUGGUGGGAGCGGAUCAGGACGUUCAUCAACUUGGACUCUUCGUCCAGCGGUGGUCGCGAGGUCAUGUUCCAAGCCGGGCCGUACUACUCGUUUUUGAUGGAGUACUACCGGGACCAUGUGUCGUAUCCGUUCUGCACUGCUGCAGCGGAGGAACUCUUCCAGGAGGGUUUGGUACCGUCCAGAACAGAUUAUCAGGUUUACAACGAAGAAGGUGGUCGACCUGGGAUGGACUUUGCGCACAGUACGUGGGGAUAUCUGUACCAUACACAGUAUGACGCCCUUGACACUGUACCGAUGGAGACUUUACAGCACACAGGGGAUAACAUUCUCGGAUUGGUGCGUGCCCUUGCGAACGCUCCAGAACUUGCGAACAUUGAAGAACACAAGGGGAGUAAGGCGAUCUUUUUCGAUUUCUUAAACUGGUUCCUGAUUUACUACCCGGACUGGGCUGGUAUUAUCAUCAACGCAGUAAUGGCAGCCAUUGGGAUAGCGUUGAUAUUUGGAUCGUUUUUCAUCAUGGCCAGGAAUGAUGACGUGAGCUAUGGUCGCAUCGUUGGACAAUUCUUCAUCAAUUUGGGUGUCCAGCUGAUUUCGGUUGCUUUGGGCAUCGGAUUCUCGUUGGUAAUGGCCGUGAUCAUGAACGCUGCCGGUGGGGCAUUGUCCUGGUUCACGGAGGUUUGGUUGAUCUUUGGACUGUACAUGUGUCCAUUCAUAAUGUGCACCGUGCUGGGUCCGGUUCUGCUGAUUAGAUUGUACAAAGUCGAAGACGUUCUCCUCCAGACGAGGAUCAUGUUGUUCCUGAUGGCCCAGCAGAUGAUCUUCAUCGCGAUUCUCGUUGCCAUGACGGGUUUGGAAAUACGGUCUGCCUUUAUGUUUACAAUCGUGGUUGUUUUCUUCAACGCUAGCACUAUCGUCAACAUGAUCAUCCGAUUCAAACAGUUCCACUGGAUCUACGUGCACCUGAUCGGACAGAUCAUCCCGAUCGCUUACUACAGCAGCACUUCCCUGACCCUGUUCAGCACGUUUAUUCCGUUGCAGAACCGAGGCAAUGCCGAGGCCAAUCCGGACAUGCUGAUCGCACUGUUUGCCGUCGAAAUUGUAUUGAUGAUCGCUACCUUCCUAACUCCGCUGGUCGCCAUGAUGCGUAAACCGUUCGUGUACUUUGGCUUUGUGGUGGCGUUUUGGGUGAUAAGCAUUAUCGUAUCGGUCACUCCCGUUGGCUUCCCGUAUCGUGCGGAGACAUCUCCUCAGAGGUACUAUGUGUUUCACCUUGAUCGCAACUUUUACGAGUUCGGCGGAGAGUUGCGCAAGUCCGACAGCCACUUCUACAUUCAUCCGUUCGAUGUCUACAGUCCCGACACCAUCGUGGAUACUGUUCCGGAGAUGGAGCGGGCUACCCUGCUGGGAGACGAGUGUGACAGGGAGCUGUACUGCGGGAUUCCUUACUAUCAGAACACGUACCACGCUCGGCGGAACAUUGCCUGGUGGCUGCCAGCGAACAAACCCGCCCUCGAUCCACCGGUCAUUCUGGAGUUCCUCGGAAAGGAGUCGGUAGAUGUGAAUGCUACGCGGUACGACUUCUCCAUGCAGGGGCCAUCGCACAUGAGCUUCUACGUGUCACCGUUGGCGGGCUUCCGGAUGCUCGCGUGGAGCUUCUCCAGUGACGUCCCGCACAGUGGAGUUCCUUGGAAUGGCCAGGACGUCCAUUAUGUCAACUUUGUGCACGGAAACGACUACUCGCCGCACGAGUUCUGGGUCGUGAUCGGACAUCCUGCGGGGAAAUCGCCCACGGAGCCCAGUUUGAUUUUGAACGUCGUCGGACACUACAUGAACAACGGAGCGACUAGGACCGGUGAGUUUCAGCAGUUUGUUGACGGUUUUCCUGAUUACGCACAUGUGGUGGCGUACCCGAGUUACCUUGAAAGCAGGGUGUUCUAAGUUAAAAUCGAUAAUAAAAAAAAGCAAUUCCA